AACACUCAAAGCAACGCUCAGGCUGGAAACAGAAGCUUCCGAGAGGCAGCCGAUGUGAGCAUGUGCACACAGAUUCGUCUCCCAAUGGCAUGGCAGCUUCUAGGAAAAUUAUUUUGAACAGACUUGAAUGCAUAAGAUUAAAGUUAAAGCAGAAGUGAGAACAAAAAAGCAAAGAGCAGACUCCUUCAACUGAGACUGAAUAUUUUGAAGCCCAAGAUUUUAAAGUGAUGAUGAUUAGAGUCGUACCUAAAAGAGACUAAAAACUCCAUGUCAAGCUCUGGACUUGUGACAUUUACUCACAGCAGGCAUGGCAAUGUUAGCCUCACAACUUUCAGACAGAUAAGACUUGGAGGAAAUAACUGAGACGACUCUCUGACCCGGGAAGUUAAAUCAAUUCAGGGGGACACUGGAAUUCUCCUGCCAGCAUGGUGAACUCCACCCACCGUGGGAUGCACACUUCUCUGCACCUCUGGAACCGCAGCAGUUACAGACUGCACAGCAAUGCCAGUGAGUCCCUUGGAAAAGGCUACUCUGAUGGAGGGUGCUACGAGCAACUUUUUGUCUCUCCUGAGGUGUUUGUGACUCUGGGUGUCAUCAGCUUGUUGGAGAAUAUCUUAGUGAUUGUGGCAAUAGCCAAGAACAAGAAUCUGCAUUCACCCAUGUACUUUUUCAUCUGCAGCCUGGCUGUGGCUGAUAUGCUGGUGAGCGUUUCAAAUGGAUCAGAAACCAUUGUCAUCACCCUAUUAAACAGUACAGAUACGGAUGCACAGAGUUUCACAGUGAAUAUUGAUAAUGUCAUUGACUCGGUGAUCUGUAGCUCCUUGCUUGCAUCCAUUUGCAGCCUGCUUUCCAUUGCAGUGGACAGGUACUUUACUAUCUUCUAUGCUCUCCAGUACCAUAACAUUAUGACAGUUAAGCGGGUUGGGAUCAUCAUAAGUUGUAUCUGGGCAGCUUGCACGGUUUCAGGCAUCUUGUUCAUCAUUUACUCAGAUAGUAGUGCUGUCAUCAUCUGCCUCAUCACCAUGUUCUUCACCAUGCUGGCUCUCAUGGCUUCUCUCUAUGUCCACAUGUUCCUGAUGGCCAGGCUUCACAUUAAGAGGAUUGCUGUCCUCCCCGGCACUGGUGCCAUCCGCCAAGGCGCCAAUAUGAAGGGAGCGAUUACCUUGACCAUCCUGAUUGGCGUCUUUGUUGUCUGCUGGGCCCCAUUCUUCCUCCACUUAAUAUUCUACAUCUCUUGUCCUCAGAAUCCAUAUUGUGUGUGCUUCAUGUCUCACUUUAACUUGUAUCUCAUACUGAUCAUGUGUAAUUCAAUCAUCGAUCCUCUGAUUUAUGCACUCCGGAGUCAAGAACUGAGGAAAACCUUCAAAGAGAUCAUCUGUUGCUAUCCCCUGCGAGGCCUUUGUGACUUGUCUAGCAGAUAUUAAAUGGGGACAAAGCACGCAAUAUAGGAACAUGCAUAAGAGACUUUUUCACUCUUACCCUACCUGAAUAUUGUACUUCUGCAACAGCUUUCUCUUCUGUGUAGGGUACUGGUUGAGAAUAUCCAUUGUGUAAAUUUAAGCUUAUGAUUUUUAAUGAGAAAAAAUGCCCAGUCUCUGUAUUAUUUCCAAUGUCAUGCUACUUUUUGGCCAUAAAAUAUGAAUCUGUGUUAUAGGUUGUAGGCACUAUGGAUUUACAAAAAGAAAAGUCCUUAUUAAAAGCUUAACAAUGUCUCUUUCGUGUUAUUUAUAAGCAUUGGACACUUUGUG